GUGUCCCCUCAGUCAGCUAGCUAACCACGGCUGUCUGUUAAACAGCGACGCUCGUUUUCCUAUCGUGAACGAGGGGUGGAAGCAACAUCUUCGCGUACCUCCGGUCCUUCCUAGUCUUUUUCUUAAUUGGCAGUUAUUUGCCGAACUGUCCCUUUUGUUUAACACGUCGUUAACGGGUUACUUUGCCGGGGUGGGUGUUAUCUUAGCAUUACCAGCCCAGUCGUCGAUAGCUGAGCGUUUCGUCUAAUCGGGAACGCCGCCUUUUAUCAGUUGGUGGAUACGUCGGAACACUAUUCCACGGUAAAACAAAGCCGGGAAGGUUCCAUCUUCUUUUUUUUUUCUUCAACUCCCUGUACGCUCCCAGCUCAUUUCACAGUUUGACUGUUCUACUGAUUUUUCAGUUUUACGUGCAGCUGGUACUCGGGUGGGGGAACAGUCACCUUUAAUACUUUGCUUUAACCUGCUCAUCAAUUACAUUAACAAAUCUGGAGAUGGCACACAUCGCACGGCAAGUUUUGAAAGGGCAUUUUUAGCUUUAAGGAAAAAGGAAGAAAAAAAUCUCAACCUCCAAGACCUGCUGCAGAAAAGUAGGAAAUAAAUAUCAGGGACCUCCAGCUGGUGAGAGCAGCACUUGGAAUGCUUGUCUCCAUGGAAACAGCGUUCCACACUUCUGGGGGAAGGAACCUUGUGUCAAAUAAGCAUUUAUGAAGGUUAAAUAGACAGUGGUCAUAGAGGGUUUGUAAAAAGUUAUUUUUUCUCACUUGAUCUGGGCUGCUUGGAAAAUAAAGAAUUCUUUCCUGUCAAGUGAAAAUUUAGCCAUCAUCCAGGAUGGGCUGGUUCCCUUCUCCCUUCGAUAAUUUGCUCUGCAUGCUCCUGGGCAUUUCCUUCACUGUGUGGUUCACCCUGCUGCUGGUCUUCAUCAUUGUGCCGGCCAUCUUUGGCGUGUCAUUUGGCAUACGACGCCUGUGCAUGAAGACGCUGAUUAAAAUCUUCAAGUGGGCCACUUUGAGGAUAGAGAGAGGAGCCAAAGAGAAGAAGCACCUGCUGUACAAGCCCUACACCAACGGCAUCAUCGCGAAGGAGCCCACCUCUCUGGAGGAGGAGAUCAAGGAGAUCCGCCGCAGUGGCAGCAGUCGGGACUUGGGUGCCGCCUCCCAGGAAUUUGAGCUGUCGGACAUCUUCUACUUCUGCCGGCGUGGCAUGGAGAGCAUCGUGGACGACGAGGUGACCAAGCGUUUCUCGGCCGAAGAGCUGGAGUCCUGGAACCUGAUGACACGCAGCAACUACAACUUUCAGUAUAUCAGCCUGCGACUCACUGUCCUGUGGGGGCUGGGAGUGCUCAUCCGCUAUGGCUUCCUGCUGCCUCUCAGGGUGACUCUGGCCUUCACUGGAGUGGGCCUCUUAGUGGUCCUCACCACCCUAGUGGGCUGCUUACCCAAUGGGAGAACGAAGAACUUCCUCAGUGAGAAGAUACAUCUGAUGUGCUACCGGAUUUGUGUGCGUGCCCUCACUGCCAUCAUAACGUACCACGACAGUGAGAACAAACCUAAAAAUGGUGGGAUCUGUGUUGCCAACCAUACCUCACCGAUUGAUGUGAUUAUCCUUGCCAGCGAUGGGUGUUAUGCAAUGGUCGGUCAGAUCCAUGGAGGGUUGAUGGGAGUCAUCCAAAGGGCUAUGGUGAAGGCCUGUCCACACAUCUGGUUUGAGCGUUCUGAAAUCAAAGACCGACACCUGGUGGCGAAAAGGCUAAGUGACCAUGCGGAGGACAAAACCAAACUGCCCAUCCUCAUUUUCCCUGAAGGAACCUGCAUCAACAACACAUCUGUCAUGAUGUUCAAGAAGGGCAGCUUCGAGAUCGACGCGACGGUGUAUCCCGUGGCCAUCAAGUACGACCCAAGAUUUGCCGAAGCCUUCUGGAACAGCAGCAAGUUUGGGAUGGUCAACUACCUGCUAAGGAUGAUGAGCAGCUGGGCUGUGGUGUGCAGUGUUUGGUACCUGCCUCCAAUGCACAAAGAGGAAGGAGAGGAUGCAGUGCAGUUUGCUAACAGGGUCAAGGCGGCCAUCGCCAGGCAGGGGGGCCUUGUGGAUCUGCUCUGGGAUGGCGGGCUGAAGCGUGACAAGGUGAAGGACACGUUCAAGGAGGAGCAGCAGAAGCUGUACAGCAAGAUGCUGGUGGGCACCCAGGAGGACCGCAGCCGGUCCUGAAGAGGGACAGAGAGCAGAAGAAGCGACGGAGCAGACCCGACAGAGACGGGAAGGGGCUGAGCACCCUGAGGGGCCUGCAGCUCUGCAGUCUACACCGGGGGGGGGGGGGGGGUUCUGGUGCUGCCCAGGACCACAGCAGUACUUACUGUCCAGACUGUUACUCAAAUAACGACGAGGAGCCACUAUUUUCUUUCAGUUGUGGAUUUUUUUUUUUUUUUUUAAAUUGCUAUUGCAAACAGCUUUUGGCAAGAGGACCAGCCUUCUCCAUUUUUUAUUUUUAGAUUUCCUCCGCUUUUCUUCCAUGAUAAGAGAAGAUAAUGUGCCAGGGACUUGUGUAACUGCAUACCAGGGAGGCAGGCAGAGUCGUAGCCGUCUCGUUUGUGGUGGUUUUACAGUAUUUUUAUAAGGAGUGACUGUUAAGUUUCACCAUUUUGUUUUGCUUUGUUAUUUAAUAUUUUUAUUGUGACAUUUAAGACAAAAGUGAAAUUACAAGCCAUGAGGGACACUCUUAUGGGACUCAUUGUUUUAAGGACAGUUUAAAGCUUUUUGUUCUCAUUCUGUGUGGGAGAAAUAGUUUUGAGCUUUUCAUGCGAAUGUGUAAAACACAGCAGUCUGAAAUUAACCAGUCUUUGUUCCUGCCCACCCAUUAAUUUUGUUUCCAGAAGCAUAAAAAAAUGCAAGGAAUCUCUUUACCAACUUUCGGUUGCAGGAACCGGGGAUGGGAUGUUAUAGUACUUGGUCUCAAACUCAAAGCUCAGUCUAUCUGUGGUUUAUGUCAGGUGAUUGUCGCUGACCGCAAUGUGGAAAUUAUGGAAAAUAUACGUUGGGGGAGACAUGAAAAAAAAUUUACAUGUUUCUAUGCUAUAUGGAAUAUUUAUUGCUUUAGCCUCUGACGAAGACCCCAAUAGGUAAGGGACGACGACUAAAAACUGGUUCCACUUCCGAAUUAAGGUAAAUUAUUUUAUUGACUGAAGCUACCUCAUAACUGAUGUAAAGAUUUCAUCUGAUAUUCCCCACUUCUCCUGUGUAUGUUGAAGCGGUCAUGCUUCCAGGAUGUGACUUAACCAUACGUAAUUUUUUUAAGGGGGUGGGGGGAUUAGGGAGCUGUAUUACAACAGCUGAUGGUCUGUCUUGCAGUCAACCUGUAAUUGAGGAAAAAGCAGUCUGCUUCCUAUCUGUUCAGUGGUUCACCCUCAACAUGAAAAGAGAUGCAUCUCAAAGUGCCCUUGUUUGCUGCAGAUUUUAUGUUUUAAGGACAAAAGAAUUCUCAGUCGUGUUAAUAAAAUGACACUGAUAUGACUCAUAAA